ACCCCCAUCUCUAACCAUCAGAUCCAUAAACACCCAAACCCACAUCUAUAAUUAGCGAAACAAAAAACCCUACUCAAACGAAAUUCAGUUAAUCAAAGCCACCAAAAUCUCUCCAUCUCUUUCCGUCAAAACUGCAAAACCACAAGAAACCUUCAAAAUAGAAAAAGACAUUCCUUGAGGUUCCUAAUUAUCUCUAAAAUGGAAACUCAACCUCAUCAACCUUCUCAUCAACCCAUUCUCCAAAAGAUUCAUGACCUUUUCUCUAUUCCCCUUCCCAUCUUCGUCGUUAAGAGAGAAGUAACCUAUACACUCUCUUUCCUUCUCCUCUUUUCUUUCCUCCUUUUCCUCGAUCUCAUACACUUCUUUCACCCCCAGUCUCUUCUUUACAUUGGUUUCUUAUCUCAAGUUCUGCCUUCAUACAAUCAAACUUCGUCUUCUCCAAAGAUUUGCGAUUAUUCCAUUGGGAGAUGGUUAUCUGAUGAUGAUAGGAGUCGCCAUGAAUUGUACACCGAAGGAUGUCCCUUCCUUGAUCCUGGCUUCCGCUGCCAUGAAAAUGGACGGACGGAUUAUGACUAUCUAAAAUGGCGAUGGCAACCCGACGGAUGUGAUCUUCCCAGAUUUAAUGCCUCCGAGCUACUGGAAAGGAGCCGGAAUGGACGCAUUGUUUUUGCCGGUGAUUCAAUUGGAAGAAACCAGUGGGAGUCUCUUGUAUGCAUGCUCUCACAGGCGGUGACAAACAAGUCCACCAUAUAUGAACAGAACGGUAGUCCCAUUACAAAACACAAGGGCUACCUAAUCAUCAGAUUCCAUGAAUAUAACCUCACGGUUGAAUACUAUAGGGUUCCUUUCCUGGUGAUCUUAGAUCGUCCCCCACAGAAUUCCUCGGUUCAAAUCAAACAUGCUAUCCGGGUGGACCAACUGCACUGGUACUCCCAACGGUGGGUCGGAGCAAAUGUACUAGUUUUUAACGCUGGUCAUUGGUGGAAUGCAGACAAAACAGUAAAAACAGGCAGCUAUUUCCAGGAGGGAAGAACAGUGAACAUGACAAUGGAUGUUAAAGAAGCAUUCCGGAGGUCGUUAUCAACAUGGAAAUCAUGGGUUAUUGAGAAUUUAGAUCCUGAAACGAGCUACAUCUUCUUCCGAAGCUAUUCUCCAUCACAUUUCAGGGAUCAAAAAUGGGAUGAAGGAGGUCAUUGUGAUACUGCAUCUGCACCGGAAACUAACUACACAAAAUUGGAGUCCAAGCCAUGGAACAAUCAAUGCAUUUCCCAAACAAUCGAGCAGAUAAAUGAUGCAAAGAGAAAUAUCCAGUUCCUCAACAUUACAUAUCUAACAGGAUUUAGAAUAGAUGGGCAUCCUUCAAUCCACCGAGAACCAGGCACACCACUUCCUAUUGUGCAAGAUUGCAGCCAUUGGUGUCUCCCUGGAGUACCAGAUACAUGGAAUGAACUUCUUUAUGGCCAUCUUUUGUCAAAGGGCUUCAGAACCACAAAAAGAAAAACAAAUAGUUAAAUGGGAGAAUUUUGUGUUCAAUUAUAUACUGACCUUUCAUGAAAGAAAUUCUUCAUUAUGAUGUUUACACAUUGUCAGGGUUGCUCCUGCUCAGACUCAUUUGGGUUCAUUUCACCGAAGGGUAUCUGCAGAACAUUACUGGUUGAAGCUUAAUGUACAGGUCUGAUGCUGCCUAGAAAUAUUGAUACGAAAUUUCAUGUAUGAAAUCUAUAUUGCUUUGACUUCAAACAUGCUAGGAUCAGAAGGCAGACGUAUCUUUGAAUAACAGCCAACAUGGGAGCUGUAACCUGUAAAUUAUGAAUUUGGGGUUUAAAAGAAACAUAAUGUAACUGCUUCUUCAAGUGUAAUUACCCUCGAGGCAAAGAAACUUUGUCUUCUUCAAGUGUAAUUAUCUGAGUUUUUGAUAUUUUGUUCUCCAGUUCAUAAAUGGCCUUCAACCA